CUUGCCCUUGGACUGGGACUGGGGCGGCUGAGCGGCCGUGUGCGUCUCAGUCUGUGCUCCGGGCGGGCGCCGUUCUGCUCCGCCAUCCUCCGCGGGCGCCAUGGGCCGCGAGCUGUUCGUGCGGCUGCCGGACGAGGCGCGCUCGCUGCCGCCCCCGCCGCUCUUCAACUUCGGCUCGGUCUACGUGUCCUUCAUGGGCUGGUGCAGCGCCCUGGUUGACAACGCCUUACGGAAUAGGCCCAUCCUGGGAACGGGUGUCCAUCGCCAACUGUUUUGGGCUUCAGUGGGAUUUUAUAUCGGCUAUUAUCUUACUAGGCGAGCAGAUUACUUCGACGCUAAAAGGGACCAAGAAAUGGCAGAGUACAUUCGGCAUCACUCCGAGGAUUUUAAGAUGGAGAAAAAGAGAACCAUGGCUGAAGUUCUGGAGAACUUCCGUCCCGUUCGCUGAAGAUCUGACAAACAGCGGCUGACUCAUUCAACCACGUGUCUCUCUGAUCUGUACCCUUGAGCGUACAUUUGCAUAGAAUGUAUUUCUCGGUAGGCUCAAUGUACCUGAUUGAAAUACAAAGACCGGAAUUUGGUCAUUAAAGUGAUGAGUAGAAGUACAGAA